ACGUCACUACAUCACCAACAACAUCACUCCAAUUUGGACCCACCGGAAAUCAAAUGAAACCCUACCGGCGAAACCAAGUAUUAAAUUCACUCACGCUUUUCCCGUGAAGUCAUCUUCCAAAGAAUCUUCAAAAGUUUUUCUAUUUUUAGAAUCCCCAGAAACUCUUUCAAAAUCCUUUGAAACCGGUAAGAAUUAGAUUAUCUCUGUUUUCUGAGUUAAUUGUUUUUGAAAUCAGAGACCUUUAAGUAUUCUGAUUCCAUUAGAGACUAAACCCAUUCCAAAGUUUUCGUUUUUACGUUCUGGGUCGUGUUAGAUUCUUGUUUUUGUGGUUCCUGAACUAAGCAAUGAUUGUUUCUAUGAAUUCUUCAGCAUUGUUGAUGACUUGAUCAAAGAGAGUGUAAGCAAUGUCUGUGAAUGAUAGAGAGGAUUCAUCAGCAGAUUUAUAUAAUGGACAGCUUUUGAGAGACAUUAAGGAGGUAAGUAAAGCUCUUUACUUGACCAAUGGACCUCAAAGACCGGUGCUUUCGUUGUCUCCUCCUGUUCGAUCUCAAUCUGUUUCGAGAACUACAGAGAUUGGGUUAGUAUUGUCAAAUAAGAAGAAGAAAUCGUUGGUACCAUGGAAUUGGAAGAAGCCUUUGAAUGCUAUAGCUCAUUUUGGGCAGCGUAGGUUUGAUGUUUGUUUUCUACUCCAUGUUCAUUCCAUUGAAGGGUUGCCUUUGAAUUUGGAUGGUACUAAGUUAGUUGUGCAGUGGAAGAGGAAAGAUGAAGUGAUGACUACUCAACCUUCCAAGGUUUUGCAAGGAACUGCUGAGUUUGAAGAGACCUUAACGCAUAGAUGUUCGGUAUACGGUAGUAAACAUGGGCCUCAUCGUUCUGCAAAGUAUCAAGUGAAGCUUUUUUUGAUCUAUGUCUCUCCUGUUGAUGCUCCAUGGCUUGUAUUAGGUAAGCAUUGGAUUGAUCUUACAAGGAUAUUGCCGUUGUCUCUGGAGGAAAUGGAAGGUACAAGAAGCACGAGAAAGUGGAACACGAGCUUCAAAUUAUCUGGCCUGGCGGAGUCUGCAGUGUUGAAUCUUAGUUUUGAUUACUCAGUUGUCACCAGUUCAGUCUGUGACUCUACAAGUAAAAAUGUGAUGCUGAGGCGGGUUGGUAGUGUUCCAAGUAUGGACCAUAGAUCUCCACCGCUUGAUGAUGGAAAGGUUGUCAAUGAAGUCUCCCCGAGUCUGAGUUUGAAUCUUUCCCAGUCAAUAGAUUUUCUCUAUGAGAAACUUGGCGAACAAAACCCACAAAGAUCAACAGGAACUGAGGUAGAACUAGGUUUGGAGACUGACAAACAAGCAGCUGAUUCUGAUGACAGUGGAAAAGGAGUAGAGACGUUUCAGCAAGAAAGAUCCGGGCUGGAAGAAAGCAAUGAUCCAAAUACAGAGUCCUCGAGAAUUGAAAUUAUUGAUGUCCAUGAGAUACUUAAAGAUGAAGAUGAAUCCGUUUUCGAGGAAACCUAUUUUAUUGAUCAGUUAUCAGUGGCCGCACUAAAAAGUGAACCAAGUAAUUUGUUGCCAAAACAUUCAGUUGAUGGAACACCCAAGUCAACUUUCAGUAGCCAGGUAAUUUCUGAGUCAUCUGAGAGUAAAUCUCCAUCGGCAAUGGAUGAUAGUACAGAGAAAGAAAACUUUUUGGAAGUUAAAUCUAGUUAUAAAGCCGCCAAAAUAUCAAUGACGUCACUAAGCUUGGAUGACAUUACUGAGUCUGUAGCUAAUGAUUUUCUAAACAUGCUUGAACUUGAGGAGUGUUCUUAUGUUUAUACCUCAGAUGGUGAACCUACAUCUCCUCGUGAAUCUCUGCUUCGAGAGUUUGAGAAGGAAGCUUUCGCUUCUGGAAACUUUCUCUUAGAUUUAAAUGGAGAAGCAGAAUAUGUUUCUGAUAUUGAUGAGAAAUCGAAUGAUUUCUCAUUCUCUGCAAGUUCUUUGGAUGUUGGGGAAAACAAGCGUGAGGGAAAAUCUCAGCUGUUAAUAGACAGGAGAAAGGCCAAGGUACUUGAAGACUUGGAAACUGAAACUUUAUUGCGAGAGUGUGAUUUUGAUGACAACAGUUUUGAUAACUCUUUAUGUGUUUGCUCUGAUGGGUUUGGAAGUCCAAUAGAGCUUCCAGUUGACAAGGGAUUAGAUUUGCUUCCACUUGGAGAUAAUAUUGGUCCUUCUGUUUGGACAAAAGGGGGAGGGUGUAUUCGGUCCAUGAAUCAUUUACUGUUCAGAGAGUCUAAGGAGGCAUCACAACUGAUCAUGCAAGUUUCAGUCCCGGUGGUGCUAGUAUCAGAAUUAGGUUCUGAUAUCCUUGAAAUACUACAAAUUUUUGCAGCUUCUGGAAUUGAAGGACUUUGCUCUGAAGUUAAUGCAUUAAUUCCUUUGGAAGAUAUUAUGGGGAAGACAAUACAUGAAGUUGUCGAUGUCACAAAAUUUAAGAGAACUGGACAGGAUUGUUCUGACAAGAGUAAAGGUGUCGUGGUUCAGAAACCACCAGGACAGCUGCAUUUGUGUUCUUCAAAUGAAGAAUUUGGAUCCAGUAUGUGUCCAAGUAAUGUACCUCUUGAAGAUGUCACUUCCUUAGCUAUUGAUGAGAUAUACAUUCUCUCGAUAGAAGGAUUAAAGAUUCAAUGCAGCAUGUCAGAUCAAGAUCCACCAUCAGGAAUUGCACCAAAACCCAUGGAUCAGUCUGACGCUCUAGAGUUGAUACGUUUUUCCUUAACCUUGGAUGAGUGGUUAAGGCUUGACCAGGGAAUGCUAGAAAACAAAGAUCAAGAUUUAGCUUCUAAUGGAAAGGGUCAUACGUUAAGGAACAAAUUGACACUUGCUCUUCAAGUGUUACUUCGAGAUCCAUCCCUAAAUAAUGAACCUAUUGGUGCAUCUAUGCUUGCUCUGAUUCAAGUUGAAAGGUCUUUGGAUUCCCCAAAUUCAUCUUUAUGUAGUUUGGCUCAAGAAGGAAGAAAUAAGGAAUCCUUUGGAUAUGAUACGCAGUUGUGGAGAAUCACUGAAAUUGGUCUAGCGGGUUUGAAAAUUGAGCCUGGUGCAGACCAUCCAUGGUGUACGAAAUCACAACAACAGUCUGGAUCCCGCUGGUUACUUGCCAAUGGUACUGACAAAACCAUAAAGUGUCAAGCUUCAGAGUCAAAGGUGAUCAUUGUAUCAAACGUGCAAGCAACUAGAAAGAGGUUGGACACAUUGUGGAGUAUAAUAUCUGAUAGGCACCAUCAAGAAGGUGAUUUGAGUAACUCUGCUGCCUCUGUUCCAUUUACAAGAAAUUUAGACGUGAUCUUUUCAAAUGAAGUAACAGAAAGAUCGUGAUAGUAGCAUUUCCAUCGGCAUAUUAUUAUACUUCUUUAUUUCCACUCUAUGCUGAAGAACCAGUCAUUUUGAUGUGAAAGCAGUCUUGUUCAUGGUGGAAAAUGCUUCGCUGGCUCCUCUUUAACUACUUGAAAAAAGUAGAUGUAUAUGUCAUCGGAUUUAUCAAGGUGUAUGAGAAAUAGAAUUUUUUAUUAAAUAUUCCAGUUGCGAAUU